GGGUAAGGGCAAGGAAAAUAUCAGUUUCAUUUCAUUUCAUUUCAUUUGGUUCGCACAAUUUAUCUAUCUGCUUCUGCUUUCUUGUGUUAAACUUUCUCAUUCACAACACAACACAACACAAUUCGUCUCAUUCAACACUUGUUCUUUUUGUGUCCUCAUCCUCAUGUGUCUAAUUCAACCCUUCUUGUAGCGCUACCACUCUUCACUCUUCACUCUGUAAAUGGCACAUGUUGAUGCUAUUCGAUUACAAUUUCGAUUCUCCUUUUCUUCUUUCUUCACAACCCUCCCAUCGCCACCCUCUGCUGUCACCAACACUGCAAAGAGGCUAUUCUCUCCUCUCGCCUAUUCUUCUACUUCUUCUUCUUCUUCUUCAGCGGCGCCACCUGCUACCACUCUUGCUUUCGCGCCCCGAAAGCAAUUGCUUUCCUUCAAGGUAUGUGCAACUGUUGCUGAAACUGGUCAGCCAAAAUGGUGGGAAAGGAAUGCACCAAAUAUGAUUGACAUUCACUCUACACAAGAAUUUCUGACUGCUUUGAGUCAAGCUGGGGAUAGACUAGUUAUUGUUGAAUUUUAUGGAACUUGGUGUGCUUCUUGCCGAGCAUUAUAUCCCAAGCUAUGCAGAACAGCUGAAGAACACCCUGAAAUUCUUUUCCUCAAAGUAAACUUUGAUGAGAAUAAGCCAAUGUGUAAAAGGCUGAAUGUUAAAGUACUUCCUUAUUUCCACUUUUAUCGUGGAGCUAAGGGUCAGCUUGAAUCAUUUUCAUGUUCACUUGCCAAGUUUCAAAAAAUAAAGGAUGCCAUCGGGACACAUAACACAGCUCGAUGCAGCAUUGGUCCACCUGUGAACAUUGGCGAUCUGCUUGCUGAGCCUUCCUCUGUUGCUAAGGAUAUACCAGCAGAGUCUGUCUAAGCAUAGUAAUUCUAAGUUCUAUUCACGAAUUUGUAUUAUAAACCGUCUCACAAUGGACAACCCCGAAAAGACUGUAUUCUAGAGAAAUUUAUGAUGCGAAGGAUAUAUGUAUUUUGUAUAUUUACUCUUUUUUUUUUUUUUUUUUUUUUUUUCGUUUUAGAA